AUCUUCUUAAGUAUCAAUUUUUUCCUACACAAGUUCAGUUCAGAACCUUAGGUCUAAGCAAAAAUAGAAAAAUGUUUUCUUAUAUUGUUAUUAUUUUGUGUUGUGUUCAAUUUAUCAAUGCCGUUGCAUUGCCGAAAUAUAUUUCAACUUCUUCGCAUCUUAAUGAAUAUCAUGAAAAUUUGGUAGAAACGGAUUAUUAUUCACCUUCCAAAGAAGUGGAAGUUACUUUACCAAGUCGAUUAUUGAAGUUUUCUAACCCUACACCUGCACCAGACAUCAAACCACAGAUACUAAAAGAACAACUUAGGCAAGAUCGAGUUCCUGUCACAAAUAAGGAAACCCAAACAACUCCUAUGGAAUAUGAGAACCCCAUCAAUAAAGGACUUGCAGAAAUUGUUGAAGAAAUUCGCAGACAUCAUUUCACCGAAGCUCAGAAAAUUUUGAGCGGAAUAAAUUUUAAUGAUAAAAUUCCAGACAUCGUUCAUCAAGUCUACAAUAAUUCGAUGACAAAUAUUGAUCUUCUAUUGGACUUUGGACGUAAUCUGACCAAAACCGAUGUGGCUUGUAGUGUUUUGUUUGCUCUGUGGAAUGAAAUGAAGGUGAAUGGACAUCGUGAUGUGUACAAAAUGAUUGCUCUUGUAAAUGCAAUCGAGUCGCAGUUACUUAAUGUCAAUGGAUCUACCGAAUUGAAGAACAAAGCUGAACUCGUGACCAAUGAAGGUAUCUUAGACAUCACAAGUGCUACGGUAAAGAUUCUCAAGGCAGCUAUGACAUCAGCGCCAAAUAAUAAAAGUAACACACAAGCUAGACUUUUAGCUGAUUCGAUCUUUGAACUGGACUCAAAUCAUAAAGUGUUCGAUGAAGUUAUUAAAAACGUGGCUAAUGAAAGUUUCUCCGAGGUUUCAGCAAUCCAAAUUGCUCAAAAUCUCUAUAGUCAUGUGUUUAUAUCACAAGCUAUCUCAGGUAUUCAGGAAUUGUUUAAAAAGCUCGAGGAUUCUCAUAACUUAGACAGCCCUGCGGUGCUAAAUAUUGCUGAAUACCUUAAGAACCUCAAAAAUAUGCCAAACUAUGUAAACUUAAGUAAGCCCAAGAAAGACGCUGUCGAUGCAAUGAUCCAGAAGAUGCCUCUCUGUGCAAGAAAUCUUAUCUUCGAGCCAUAUGUUUGCAUUUGGAAUAGGGGCAAAUCGGAGUACCUCUAUGUCGCGGGUUCAGAAUUCAAUCGGAACGAAGACAAACGGAGCGUAUUCACUAGAACCACCCGAGAGGCUGUUGGUCCCGGUGUUUGGAUUGUUGAGAAGAUGGGCGACGAGUUCUUUUUCCAGAACAAAGCUUAUGAGAAUGAGUACUUAUUUGCAGCUACUGGCAUGCAUAGCAAAGACAGCCGUUUUGUUCAUACAUGGACCGAAGGUGGCAAAGUGGGGAAGAAGAGCUCUUGGCAGAUUGUACUGGAAUCAGAUGUGUGUUAUCUUCGAAAUGUCAACUAUGAUGAAUAUUUAUUUGCAUCGGAUCGACAGAGUGGAGACAAGAGUCGAUACGUAUUCACUUGGAUUCCAAAGACGUCGACGAGAGAAGCAAAUUUCCAGUGGCAGAUUAGAAAAUGUGACUUAAGUGAGAUUUUAAAGAAAGGUCUUUAAAUAUGUUUUUGAUUUAAUUGAUUGUGUAUUUAAUGCUGUUUGCAUUUUUGUAAUUAAAUUACCAAAGCUUAGUUAGAUAGUCAUUAUUAUUUAUAUUUAAAUGUUUAAGUUAAAAAUUAAUAAAAUACUAGAAUUUUUGUACAUGAA